CAUAAGCAAAAAGAAAUAAAUAUUUUAUAGUAGAAAAUAUCAUAUAUCUCAUAAUAUGUGCGUUACAUUUUAAUGAAAAAAGAAUUUUUGAAUAGGAGAAUAUGAUUGUUUCCUUGGUUAAAUUCCUCACUGACAUCUCAUAAACUUCUCUGUCUGGCAGUAGCAGCAGGAAGCCCUGUACUCUUUCUUCGUUUAAGGAACUUACUUAAACAGUUAAUUUGCAACUUUAUUUCUCUGCUGAUUUAUGCAUUCUAAUUCUUGAAAUGGACACUGGAAAGCUGAUUUUGCUUUUGAAAGCAUGCAUCAGUUCCAAAACUGUGUUGCAAGGAAAGCUCAUCCACCAGAAGAUAGUAUCUCUAGGCUUACAAAACAAUACUACCUUGUGCAAAAACCUUAUCAACUUCUACUUCUCGUGCCGUUUGUAUGAUUAUGGAAGUCUUGUUUUCGAUUCCGUUAAAAACCCAUUUGAUAUUUCCUUGUGGAAUUGCCUUCUGGCGGCUUAUACGAAAAACUUCAUGUUCAUUGAAGCUCUCCAGCUCUUUGAAAGGUUACUGCAUUACCCUUUUUUGGUGCCUGAUAGUUUUACGUACCCCGGUGUUCUUAAGGCCUGUGGUGGAUUGGGUAGAGUUAAUUAUGGGAGAAUGAUCCAUGCCCAUUUGAUAAAAACAAGUUUUUUGUCGGAUGUUGUUGUUGCAAGCUCUUUGGUGGGUAUGUAUGCCAAGUGCAAUGUGUUUGAAUGUGCUAUAAGGCUGUUUGAUGAAAUUCCUGAAAGAGAUGUAGCAUGUUGGAAUACUGUGAUUUCCUGCUAUUAUCAAGACGGGCAAGCUGAGAAAGCUGUGGAAUUGUUUGAAAAGAUGAGAAGUUCUGGCUUUGAGCCGAAUUCUGUAACACUCACAGUUGUGAUUUCAUCAUGUGCGAGGCUUUUGGAUUUGGAAAAGGGGAAGAAAAUUCAUGAGGAAUUGACUGAAAAGGGAAUUGUGUUUGAUGGUUUCAUUGGUUCUUCCCUUGUGGACAUGUAUGGAAAAUGUGGAUGCUUAGAGAUGGCUAAAGAGAUUUUCCAAAAAAUCCCUAAAAAGAAUGUGAUUGCCUGGAAUUCCAUGAUUGCAGCGUACAGUUUGAAAGGAGAUAGCAAAUCGUGCAUUGAACUUUUAAGAAGGAUGAUUGACGAAGGAACUAAACCAACUUUAACUACAUUGAGCAGCAUGCUAAUGGCGAGUUCAAGGUCAGUUCAACUUCAACAUGGAAAAUUCAUACAUGGAUAUAUAGUAAGAAAUAGUUUAGAGGUUGAUAUCUACAUCAUCAGUGCACUUAUUGAUCUGUACUUCAAAUGUGGAAGUGUCUUAGCAGCUGAAAAUAUUUUCAAAAAAAUGCCUCACAUAAAUGUUGUUUCUUGGAAUGUUAUGAUUUCCGGAUAUGUGACUGUGGGAAACUACUUUGGAGCUCUUGGCAUUUAUGACAACAUGAAAGAAGGUGGUGUAAGACCAGAUGCCAUCACAUUCACUUCUAUCUUACCAGCUUGUUCACAACUGGCAGCUUUAGAAAAGGGCAAGGAGAUCCACAAGAAUAUUAUAGAAAGUGAGUUGGAAAGCAAUGAACUAGUCAUGGGAGCACUCCUUGACAUGUAUGCUAAAUGUGGUGCAGUAGACGAAGCGCUUGAUAUUUUCAAUAGAUUGCCAGGGAGAGAUAUUGUAUCAUGGACCUCCAUGAUUGCUGCUUAUGGGUCUCAUGGUCAAGCUUUAGAAGCUUUAAAGCUUUUUCAUGGAAUGCAGCAGUCUCAAGCUAAACCAGAUGGAGUCACUUUCCUUGCAGUCUUAUCAGCUUGUAGCCAUGCUGGACUCGUUGAUGAAGGUUGCUACUUCUUCGAUCAAAUGAUGACCGAGUAUGGAAUCAAACCAAGUAUAGAACAUUACUCUUGUAUGCUUGACCUUCUUGGACGUGCUGGAAGAUUGGGAGAAGCUUAUGAGAUUCUCCAUAGAACUACAGAAAUUAGGGACGAUGUUGGCUUGUGGAGCACACUGUUUUCUGCAUGCCAAUUGCACAGGGAUUUCGAUUUAGGUGUAAAAAUUGCAAGGUUUCUCAUUGAUAAGGAUCCUGACGAUCCAUCAACUUACAUAACACUGUCAAAUAUUUAUGCAUCUGUCAAAAACUGGGAUGAGAUGCGGAAGGUGAGAUCAAAGAUGAAGGAGCUAGGACUGAGGAAGAACCCCGGUUGUAGCUGGAUUGAGACUGAUAAGAGAAUUCAGCCAUUCUUUGUUGAAGACACGUCCCACCCACAAAUGGAGAUGGUGUAUGAAUGUCUCACAAUUCUUAACAGUCACAUGGAGAAAGAUGAAUUGUAGAGCCAAAUCAGACAUCAUAGACAGGGAGUUCUACAUUGAAGUGGUCAUUUCAUUCGAGUUUAAGGUGUUGAGACCAGAUAAACAGAAAGCAGCAAAGUGAAAAACUUGAAUGAAAAGUUAAAGAAUCACAGUAAAAAUAUCCAUGGAGCUUCACAUUCCUUACAAGGAGGCUAUAUAGACCAUAGAAUUCUUGUGUGAUUCUCAAAACAGAGCAAAAGAAAAAGAAGUUAAAGUGAAGAAAUGAAAAUGCCCAUUAUUCAUGGCAUCUGUACCCCAAAAAAAAUGGGCUGCUCUUGUUGCUCAACACCAGUCGGAGUUAGAAAAUUGGGUUAUACAGGUAUAUCCAACAACUGGUUUUUUCAAUAACCAGAAGCAACAUCUAGCAACUAGCAAAUCCUGUCAUGCAUUAGUAUUAGUUGCAAUUAGGCAAGGAAAGGAGAGAUAGAGAGAGAAAUAGGGGCUUUUGAAGCUCUUUUUUUUUUUUUUUUUUUUUUUUGGUCCCCAAAGUUGCAUUAUAUUAGCUCAGGCAGCUCAGGCAUUCAACAUAUGUUACAUAAUUUAAUUUUCACAUGUUUUUCCCAUGAUUUUUGUUUAUGUAAAAUUCUUAAUUGUGAAGCUGCAGAUAAUAAGCUGCAAAUUUUUGUCAAUCUUUGAUGGAGAUUUGUUUUUAUC